UGACGUACUAUGGUUCCCGUCUAUGGAUACAUUGAAUAGCAGUGAAAAAAGUAAGUUAUACCCUACACAAUGAAUCAUCAAAAAUUGUGUACAUCUGGAUUUCUAAAGAGGCGGUUCGAUCUUUAUUCAAAGGAAUUCAAACACAUGGAAUGCUUCACUAUAAAAUCACCCCUGAGAAGCUUUCCAAAGACAAUCCUGGACUAAAUACUUUUUGCGCAGAGAAAGUUUGUGUCGGGCGUCUUGUACCAGAGCUCGAAGAGAAAUAUCCGAAUCAAUAUAUGGACUUGGACAUCUACAGUUUGGAGACGCCAAAUGUGACGUUUGAGAAGAAUUUGGCGGUGAUAAAAUUCUAUACAGUAAUGUUUGCAUACAUCCGGAAUCCAGAAAGCAACAUUUCUACACUGAUUGCUAAACUUGAUGGAAAUGCUGAUAUGCGAAUCAGAGUCUUUAUGACCAAAUCAAUUUUUCAGGGGAAAAUAGUUGCGUUUGAGCCAUAUCUAAAAAAUGUGGAGUCAACUGUCCACGGUUUUGAUAUGCAGACGGUAAAUUUUAUACUAAUGAGUGCAGUGGUGACAACGGUAGAACCAGCCCUUAACGAGCUCGGGAGAAAAGGAAUGCCGUUACCACUUACACCUAAAAUACAGUUGGAAAACAGUACUGUUCAUUUAAUUGAGAAUGCUAUUGUCAUAGGGAGCGACGGAACAUAUAACAGAACAGAAGAUUAGAUCAUUCUUCAGAUCAAUUGGAAUAUUCAUUGGAGCAUUGUUAAUCCACACACCUCAUGUCUUGAAUACAAGCGUCCAGUAAAAUACCGUAUAAGUAGAAAUUUUAGCGAGGAUUUAA